AUAAUGUCUGUGUUGCUCAAUCAAGAGAAUACAUUGCACUGAGCGUUAGCCUUCAGCGACUUUGUCAGUUGCUGAUAUUCACACAAAUGCACCUGCUCAAGUACAGUUGAACAACUUAAUUACAGUGAUCUGCAGCCAGCGGUACGCUCUACCCAUAGUUUCCACUCUACCUGUUUUCUCAAAGUGAUAAUCCUGACAGAAAGGUGGGCUCGGGUGUUUUGUGCGCUGUCCGUAUUCUGCAGAUGCCUAAAGAUGCCUCAGUGAUGCUCUGUAAGCAACAACGCAGCUGUGUUGUGUUGCUCCUACUUUGGGAUUCAUUUAUUUCUGGACACGCUGAGCUGUCAAGAAUCUUCACGAUUUAAAAAGGUUUUCCAGAAGACGGAUGUCACAUCAUUGGUUCGUUUGAUGAAUGCAACUGACUUCAGUGAAAAGACUGCUCUGCUUCCAGUUAAUGCAAUAUGAUUUUUAGACUUUGUAGAGGAAUCUACCGAGAGAAUAAUUUGAAGCACUUUUAAAAUGGGUGUCAGUCACUCCAGCAAAACUAUCGCGUUCGACCAAAAUGAGGAUGUCAGCUUUGACCAUUUUCAAAUAUUAAGAGCAAUUGGGAAAGGAAGCUUUGGAAAGGUCUGCAUUGUACAAAAGAAAGACACAAAGAAAAUGUAUGCCAUGAAAUACAUGAACAAGCAGAAAUGUGUGGAGCGCAACGAAGUAAGAAAUGUAUUUAAAGAGCUGCAGAUCAUGCAAAGCCUUGAGCAUCCCUUCCUGGUAAACGUAUGGUUCUCGUUCCAGGAUGAGGAGGACAUGUUCAUGGUGGUUGAUCUGCUGCUGGGAGGAGAUCUGAGGUACCACCUGCAGCAGAACGUCCACUUCACAGAGAGGACAGUGAGGCUAUACAUCUGUGAGCUCGCGCUGGCACUCAGCUAUCUACAGAGCAAGCACAUCAUUCACAGGGAUAUUAAACCGGACAACAUUCUUCUUGAUGAGCAAGGCCAUGUACACAUCACAGACUUCAAUAUUGCUGCACAAGUGAAGGAAGAAAUGCGAGCUACUUCUGUUGCUGGUACCAAGCCAUACAUGGCUCCAGAAAUGUUCCAGCCAUUCGUUGGGGGUUGUGCCAGCUACUCCUUUGCUGUGGACUGGUGGUCUUUAGGAAUCACUGCCUAUGAGCUACUGAAGGGACAGAGACCAUAUCACUUUCGAUCAAGCACAUCAGUCACUGACAUCAUUAAUUUGUUUUGCACUGUCAGUGUCAACUACCCUUCAACUUGGUCUGGUGGCAUGGCAUCUCUUCUAAGGAAGCUGCUUUCAGUAAAGGCUGAGAAUCGUCUUUCGUGCCUCUCGGACCUCCAGGGAUUAUGCUACUUGUCUGAUGUGAACUGGGAGGCAGUGCUGGCGAAAAAUGUACCGCCUGGAUUCACUCCCAAUAAAGGCCGGCUGAACUGUGACCCGACCUUUGAACUGGAGGAAAUGAUUCUGGAAUCCAAGCCUCUCCACAAGAAAAAGAAACGACUGGCUAAAAAAUUAAAAGAAAACGGAACCGACAACUCCCCUCAGACUGGACAGUUGCAGAAGCGUCUGGAGUGUGUUCAAAGGGAAUUCACGGUCUUCAACCGAGAAAAGGUUAGGAAAGUGCAAGAGGAAGCACAACAAAACAUCACCACUGAAAAAGACAAGUGUGAAGAAAUCGAAGAUGGACAGAAUAAUAAUACAGCUCAGUUCACCUACAUUUCCGGGUAAUAUCAUUUAAGCACCCUUUAUUUCUGCAGAUUGUAAUAGUAAACUCCUCCAUGGGUAAAGAGACAUUCUUACCCGUAGGAACUGAAGGCAUAGAGCCGGCAUGUCUGUGUCUGUCUGUUGUGUGCAUUUUUAGCUGCCGGUAUCUUUGUAUGUGAUGUAACCAUGCUGGCAGGCAUGGACUGAAUGUUCCUUGUCUUCACUGAAGAGCAAUAAUAGCUGUGAACCGGAUCAUAAAAAAUCCAUGUGUUAUGAAUAUUCAUGUUAUCUACAUCAAAUUUGAAAGAAAUAUUUGGUUUCUAGGGCCUGCCAUGAGUUUAAAAAAUGUGCUUCUUGUUUAAUUACUAUUGGGUUUGCAGGGUUUGUAUACAGAUAUUUGUACCUCUGAAAUGCGGUUUUAAUUAUUAGUAACCAUGUUAAGCUGCUAUGUUUUGUAUUUAUUCAGCUAGGAAUUUUUAAUAAUACUGGAAACAGUCAAAUAAUGUAGCAGUCUACUGUGAGCACUAUUUAAUAAAUAAUUACAAAAAAUGUUUGAAA